GACGCAGGAAUGGUUAAUCGGACGGGCAGCAGGUGGAGAGACAUGCAGACUGAUGAGCAGCAGCAGUAGGAGCCACUGUGCUGACAGUUAGGGCUGAGCCGUGGAGAAAUGAGCAACGAUUUACUAUUUUGUCCCUGCAGCAGGCAACAUUGUUCUAUUUAAAGAAAAAAGAAAAAACAGCGGUCGAGCGUACAGGCAUGGUUUCUCCGUCAGCCUCUGACGUUGAACGGGACGCCAGCGAGUAGCCUAGCACUUGCAGUCAAUUGCUGGGCAAAUGACUUGAGGAACUCUCGUCGAAAUCAGCGGACAGAGAAAGCGGUUUUAUGGGAAAUGAAUGUAACCGGGAAACAGCAACCUGAGCUGACCGAGCGACCCGCCAGCCUUUUGGUUCCAACUUCGACAAAAUCUGGAAUUGCUUUGCUGUACAAUGAGGAGACCAACAAUACCUACGAUGUCUGCCUAAAAUUGAUCAAAGACGUAUUAACCAUACAGAAGCUGGAUGUGGUUUGCACAAGUGGAAGUGAAUCCCAAGUAAAUCACAGAACUGUUGUACUGCGAAGACAGGCGACUGGCGGUCUGGGCUUAAGCAUCAAAGGAGGUGCGGAGCACAACGUACCCGUGGUUAUUUCUAAAAUUUUCAAAGAUCAAGUAGCCGAUCAGACGGGGAAGCUCUUCGUCGGGGACGCUGUGUUGCAGGUCAAUGGCAUACAUGUAGAGCCUUGUACUCAUGAGGAAGUUGUUCACCUUUUGCGCACUGCAGGAGAUGAGGUCACCAUCACUGUUCGCUACCUGCGAGAAGUUCCAUCAUUUCUAAAACUGCCUCUAGAUUCUCCUGGACCGUCCACUCGCAGCCGAGGAUCCUCUCCGUUGUUUGACAGUGGCUUACAUUUAAAUGGGAACGGAAACAACACGGUUCCUUCACCUUCUUCGCCCUCUGCUAAUGAACCAAAGUAUGAGAAGCGCUGGCUGGAUGCCGUCUCCCUGCCCUUGUUGAUGGCCAGAGUCUCCAGAUACAAAGCUGGCACAGAUAAAUUAAGGUCCAACUGUUUUGAAGUAUUCACCUUGGAUGGAGCCAGCACCAAUAUCCUUCAAUUUUGCACUGGAGCAGAAAGCACGGACUGGCUCCAAGCAAUAUCUACAAAUAUCAAUGACUUGACACAGGAGAACAUAAAAAUCGUCAACAAAUACUGCUCUUCAGAUGACCAGAUUGUUCACAUGGGCUGGGCAUGUGAAAGCCCAGAGGGAAGUGCUGCUGGUAGAACCUCAACCUUCAAGUUCCUGGCACUGAGAGGACCAUAUUUUCAUAUCUUCAGAAGCCCCCCGAUCAGUGCUGCUGACUGGGGACAAGCUGAAACAACAUAUAACCUCUAUGAGGUUCUUUUCAAGGUCCACAAGCUGUGGAUGGCGGAGGACUGCUGGCUCCAGGCGAGGCUCUACUUGGGGCUUGAACAUUCUCCUGAACAGCAAGACAAUGAGUCUUUGUGCUUCAGUAUUCUGGUCGGCCACGGCCAGAGCCACACCUUCAGGGUAGAACUGGCCACGGACCUGGCUAUCUGGGAGAAGUCCUUCCAACGAGCGGUCUUCUUGGAGGUGCAGCGAAUACGAUCCAAAAGCUACAUGUGCAGCAGCCAGGGGAAUGUGCUGUGUUUCACCAUAGAUUUUGGAUUAGGCUUCACCUGCUCAGAAGGCACUUCAAAGACCACACUGUGGCGAUAUAAGUUCUCUCAACUUAAAGGCUCCUCUGAUGAUGGGAAAACCAGGGUAAAACUCCUUUUCAAGAAUGCUGAAAGCAACCAAAUAGAGAUGAAGGAACUAGAGUUUGCCAAUUUAACAGCCGUCCUUCACUGCAUACAUUCUUUUAUUGCUGCCAAAGUGGCCUCCAUGGACCCUCACUUCCCUUCCCUUUCCUUCCCUGGAAAUUACAUGAACAGUUGACUCGUCCUCAUCGUCAUGUGCACCUCUGGCAAAUCAGCAGUAUUUUAUGCACAUAGCCAAUUGAAAUGUAUAUCUUGUUCUUGCUAUUUUUAUAUGAACUGCUAUUUGUAAAAUACUGUAGAGGUAGACGAUGUAUGAAAAUAAUGGCCAAUGGAAGAUGUUAUUUAAUUUUUGACAUGUAAAAAAAAAAAAACACAAUCCAAACGGAUUAACAGUUCUUCCAUUUCUUUAAUGUUUUCUCCCAUUACAUAAUGGACUCUGAUUCUGAUUGGAGAUUAUCUGUCUACUUGUCACUUUGAAAAGCAACACCCGUGCAACCAUAUGGUGUAUAACCGCCAUAAAUUUGACAACAGGACACAAAUGGCUAAACAUAUCAACUGCCACUGUUUCUAGCAGGAAUUCUAUGAAUCUAUGAAGAACUAUGACGCCAUACCUAAAUCUAGUAAGUGCAUUUUAACAGACCUAAAUCUGAUGCUGGUUUACUGUCACGGGGGGAGGGGGGGGCACAGCUUGCCACAUCUUGUCAAAGACCUGUGUUGGGGGGGCUACAGGUCUUUGACAAGGAUUCAUUUUAUUUUAAACUUACAGUUGAACAUAAAUGAAGAUGCCAACCCUAUCCCUCUGUUCCCAUUCUUAUGUCAUGUCAAACACAAACAUCUUACAAUAUAAUGCAGUUUAAUAAGCCUUCAAAUAACCAUUGUAUUGAAUCAACCCCUCUGAUAUGGUUUUGACUUAAAUCAAACAUAAAUCAGCAUUUGGGCUACUUUAUUGGCUUAGAUUAAAUUGUGAGGUUUGUGCUGUUGUGACCAUCUUUUGGAUCUAAUAAAGGUUACAUUCUUGAGUUUCCAAUCUCUUUGACCAAUGAGGACAUUUCACUGAAAUGUGACAUUUUAGCUUCAAAGCAUUGUUAAAGCUUUGAUGUGUAACUUUUUGAUAUUAAUGAACGUCUGUUACAUUCAAGCCGUUGGCAAAUGGUUUGCUACAUGAUCACGGAAGGCUUGUAUGAUGUGGACGCGCUGACAGUUUUGUUCGUUACUUAGAAUUUGUCAUGGGGGCAACAGAAACUACGCACUAUAGCUUUAAAGUACCACUUUUAUCAACUCCAAUUUUAAUAAAGUGAACACACAGUCUUUCAUCAGUUGCUUUCUGUAAUGGUUUUAGUCUGAAAAUGCAUAUUUGCUGUGUUUCCAAUAAAUUGCUCAUAAAGCACAACCGCCUCUUAUCU